CCCUUUUCAUAAAAGAGUAGAACAAUAAACCCUUAGCCGUAGAAUAAUAAACCCUUUCCAUGAAAGGGUAGAACAAUAAACCAUUUUUCGCUUGUCAUAAACCCUUUUUGUUUUUAAAUACCCUUUUUCUCGGAAACCCUUUCGCACAAAAACCCUUUAAGGGUUUAACACAUCAGCAUAAACCCUUUAAGGGUUUAAGAAGAUUUUUCUUAAGUACUAGGGUUUAUUAUUCUACGAAUUUUUUUUACAGUAUACCAGUAUUCGACAUGAGGUCGCAACAAUCAACGUUAAUUGACCCAAGUCGGGUCAAACUCGCGUUGAUAGUUGCGACCUCAUGUCGAACACUGCAGUAUACUCUUGUGCCAGAUGGUGCCACCUUCUAUGCACUAUUUUUUUUCUUUCCUUCGUAUCUUAACUAGAGAAUAUUUUUCUCCAUAGUUAUUUAUAUUACAAACUUGUCUCACCUUGCUAGAGCGAAAAAUGUUUUAACAAAAAUGUUUCAGUUACAAUAGAGAAAGUAUAAAAGAUUAACAAAUAGAUGGUAGCACCAUCUAUCAUAGUAGUUGGGUGUGGGUGGGUGUGGGCGUGGAGUGUGGCUGUGGCUGUGGCUGUGGCUGUGGCUGUGAGUGUGGGGUGUGAGUGGGCCUGUAUGUGGAUGUGGAUGUGUGCUGUGUGUUUUGGUUUCAUUGAUAUUCACACCCACACCCACCUACACAUCACGCACACACCCACACCCACCUACACAUCACGCACACACCCACACCCACACCCACCCACACCCCACACCCCACUCAUACCCCUCCCACACCCAUACUCACACCCACGCCCACACCUACACACCCACACACCCACACCCUAGUUUCGUACAAAACUUUGGGUGACUAAAAUUGAUUGUCAAUAAUUCAGAACACCUUUUCAAGUUUUUCGAAGUGGUCUGUACCGAACCUAAAAUGGUUCAGAGAAUUGCAACGCAUUCGAAACCUUUUUAGGUUUCGUACUAUGUAGGAAACCUUUUUUCGUUCAGAGUACCUUUUUUGGUUCGAUGUUGUACCAUUUUUUUUCAGUGCACCGACACCCACACCCUCCAGACCCUGUCUGUCACGGUCUGUAAUGGGCCCAAAGUCCGUCUGUCGGGGUCAGUGAUGUGUCGAGACCUUGUCUGUCACGGUCUCUGAGGAGGGGGGGGACAAAAGUUUCUACUCCUAAACGCUUCAACACUCCGUUUAGGUCGUGUUUCAGAAAACUGAACUUCGAGCUUUUUCGAAACAAUUGGAUUUUGCUAGAGGGAAGUACUUAAUUCUCCUUUUUAUUUGAUUGGUACAUGAUAUGGUGUCAGCAUAUAUUUGGGCUACGUUGCUUUAUGCGAGAAAUUUUAUACUUUAGAAGUAAUUCAAGUAUCCUUCAAGCUUGUAUUUAUGAGAUUUUAUUUGUUGUCGUAAAUCCUUGACGUAACCCAAUCCCUUCUCUCAGUUGUUUUUUGCCAUAUAUAAGGGGCAGUGUAUUCAUAUGCAUCUCCAAGGUUUAGUGUGAAAACAAGGUUCUCAUCACUAUCAUUAUGGUACUGUCAUUCGUAUUCUGGAUGUAUUUGCUUUCUGACGUUACUAGUUUCUCGCUCAGCAAUGAAACUAAAUUCUUGAACUUCACACCGCUUCUACCAAAUGUUAUUGAAGUAGUAGAUUCAUCACCAUCCAUCGUUGUUGCAGCACCAACAAGUCGUAGUCUUGCCAGCGGUACUGCUAACACUAACAUUGUAACACUGUUUAAAUACAACGGUAGUCAAAUAUAUGUGUAUAGUUCUGUAUCGAAUGAAGGUGAAGCACCGCAGAAAUGGAUCUUCUACUAUGUACCCGUGAUGGCACCUCAACGAAGUUCACUGACUGAUCCAUGGGUUUGGUCAACGAAAAAUGAAGUACGUGUUAAACUGCUAUUAGGUGAUGAUGUAGUUGAUGAAAUGGCACGAGAAGCUAUUAGAAAAAAGUAUGAUAUGAAAACGGCCGAGUAUGCAAAAUAUUGGGAUAUUGCCCCAUUAAUGAUCGACUCACUCACAGCUUAUAUCGUGCAAGGAAGUAAAUCACCGAUUGCUGGUGUAGAACCGUUUCAUAUAGUUCAUCCGAAUUCACUCAUCAUGAUUUUUCGAUUCAAAUGUUCAACAGAGGAAAAUGCUCGGCAGAUUGCUGAAAUGAUUGAAAGCGGUGAAUAUGAAAUUGAAAUCGCCUUCUACUUUGCCGGCUUCCGUCAGACAUCUACUAGUUUUGUGUCAAUUACCGGUGACCAACUGAAAGCAGCAGCGAGCAAGACAACAGCUGAUGGUGAAAAUCCAAAUGCUCAGUACAUACAUCGUGAUCAAGCAUCUAAAUUCAUUGGAAAAUAUACGAUGAAUAUUAAGAAGUUGGUGUAUUCGGAGAGUCCAGAAGCCAACACACAAGCACUCUCAGAUGGUCUCGAAGCACAAUUUCUGUCGUUACUACAACAAGGUAACUUUGCUUGUUAA